GGCGAGUCCAGACGUUGGUAACAUUUUGUACUCGGGAUGCUCUGCAAUGGAGCUCCUGAGUAAAACGAAUUGCCGCAGAUUGAGUAACUGACAUGGGUGAAGGCACCUAUGUUUCAGGAAAAGGCUGGCAGCUGAAGUGAGAGGUGGGUAACGUCAACUCAUAAUUUAUGGCAAAGCUUUGCAGCUUGUAAACAGCAAGAUGGCUACCGAGCUAAUCAACGUUUUGCGGUUAGCAAAACACCCACAUUUGAAGACUACAUUAGACAAUCUUGUCUGAAACUAAGAGUUCCUGCUCAUCUUUGUUGAACGCAUAGUUUUAGUACAUAUUGAUAUUUCACCAAGAAAAAAAAUUAUUCUUAGUUUAUUUUUUCGAGAAAGACAAAUACACUGAAGUUAGUCUCACAUUGAGUGCCCCCUAAAAAAGAUUAUUCCGCUAUUUUUAAGGACUAAAUACGUUUAGUCCACUUUAGUUCAAGAAAUAAAAAUAAUGACUUGUUAAUUGUAGACUGUUUUUUUCAAUCUGCUUAUAUAUUUUAACAUUUCUCCUGUAUAUAAGGAAAACCAAAUUCCUCAAAAGCUGUUGAAACACGUUUUCUCAAGCGACCAAUCGGAAGCGAACUUCAGCGUUGCGGAAAAAGAACAUGGCGUACAACUGCUGAAAUGCAUGCUAAAAAACAAACAAAAUGAAGCUUUAAUCCACUCUAUUAGGAAGCCAGAUUAUGAAUCUAGUAUUUUACAUACAACAAACGUGCAUCCUGUCAACAUAAGGCUGCUGUUUUGGUGUUUUUGUCGUGUAACGUGAGAGAUUUCCGUUAAGAUUAUAGCUUUCAAGCUUAUUCCUGUGACCAUUAAAGAAUCUGACGAAUUUGGUCCAACCCCAUGUCCGAUACGGCUGUAAUGACCACGUUUCGUUAUUAGUGAGCCCCCAGGAAGUGGACAGGCCAGCGGAAGCACCUCCUCCUGUAGGGAAACCGGUUUGAGACGGCUGUCACUUAUAGAUCAGGAGGCGAGGCUUUGGAGGCAGCAUGCAUGUGGAAGAUAAGCUAUCAAAAUGUUUCAAGGACCUUGUUUUAACAACUCCACCUAGACAUACCCUGUUUAGUUAAAAAAAAAAAAAGGCACCGCGGGCUUCAAUGCACGGUAAUUUUUCCACUUAGGAGUCGGUUUCUCUUUUUUUUUUUUUUUUUUUACUAAAUCUGCAACAAAUCGCAGCUUUCUUCACUCCUCCUGCUGGACUGUGGCUUGUUGGACCAGUGCAUGAUGUUUUCGACCUGCUAUUUUGUAUGUUUUUGUUUAUGUUUGGUCUGACAGGUGGGCAAGAUGGGGGAGCGGACCGUUGGCGGCCCAGUGGCUGCGAUCUCUCCAGUGCAGCAGAUGCUGGCCUCUGGCACUGGAGCCCUCCUCACAUCUCUAUUUGUCACUCCGCUGGACGUUGUGAAGAUAAGGCUGCAGGCUCAGCAGACUCCCUUCCACCAGGGGAAAUGUUUCCUGUACUGCAACGGCCUGAUGGAUCACAUCUACGUCUGCCAGAACGGAACCAGCUGCUCCAGCUGGUACCGAACACCGACGCAUUUCAGUGGCACUCUGGAUGCUUUUGUGAAAAUCACCCGCCAUGAGGGACUCCGCUCUCUGUGGAGUGGGCUGCCACCGACGCUGGUGAUGGCCGUCCCAGCCACCGUGAUCUACUUCACCUGCUACGACCAGCUGAGGGACUUCCUGUGGUUCGGUUUGGGGCUCCAGGGCUGCCACGUUCCUCUUCUGGCCGGAGGGCUUGCCAGAUUGGGCGCCGUGACGGUCAUCAGCCCUCUGGAGCUGGUCAGGACCAAAAUGCAAUCCAGGAAGCUGAGCUACAGCGAGCUGUGCGUGUGCAUCCGCUCGGCGGUGGCCCAGAGCGGCAUGCUGUCGCUGUGGAGGGGGUGGGGGCCCACCGUUCUCAGAGACGUGCCUUUUUCUGCUUUGUAUUGGUUUAACUACGAACUGGUGAAGGCCCAGCUGUGUGAGCAGUACGCAAUGCCGAAGGCCGACUUCUCCAUCAGCUUCACUGCAGGAGCCGUUUCUGGAGCCGUUGCUGCUGUCCUGACGCUCCCGUUCGACGUGGUCAAGACUCGGCGGCAGAUCCAACUGGGAGAGAUGGAUUCUCUGGGAGUUUCCAGAAAGGGAACCAGUUCCACUUGGCACAUCAUGAAGGACAUCUGGUCUGCUCUGGGCUACAGAGGCCUCUUUGCAGGUUUUCUGCCCAGAGUGAUCAAAGUGGCGCCAGCCUGCGCUGUCAUGAUCAGCAGCUAUGAGUUCGGGAAGGCUUUCUUCCAAAAGGUGAACCUGGACCGACAGCGCCUGGCGCCAUGAACGCCGCCAGCAGGGGGCGCUGGUUGGCCUGGAAAUAAAAGAUGCACCUCCAACCUUCCUGCAUGCCUGAUAACACUUGCUACAGGGUUAAGGAGAAGUUUGGGUUCUCACAUUUAGACAUUUGGACUCAUCUGUGAAUCUGACCCCGCUGUGCAUGGCAGUGGCGCAAACUCAAAGAUCCGUAUUGUAGCAUGAGGCCCAGAUAAAAUGCUUUACCACGUUUUCUGUUGUCCUGUUGCGGUAAAACACGACAAUUUUAGCAACUAUCUGCUGUGUAGAUAACUUUAAAAAAAAUGUUUGAAUGUGGAUUGAGUUAUUGUUCAUAUGCAACAAGAGACAUGUGGGUAGAAAUUGAAACUCGUUGAGAACUUUCAGGAGAUUCUCAGAACUUAGUGAGUGAAUACUUUAGACACUGGACCAGAAAAUGAGAAAAUGUUGAAGGAUGUAAAUGUUUUCUGUUUUAUAAGAAAUUGUAUUAAAAUGUUACAACCUGG